UCUCUCUCUCUCUUUCAUUCUUUUGCUCCCUCUUUUUUCUUCUCUCUCUCCUUGGGUCCAAGCUUUCCUCCGAGGUGAGGAUCGGGCCGUUAGUCUCGUGUUGUAGGAAACAGCGGUGGUAGUGCGUACCGCGAAGGAUCGCGUUCGAACAUCAACGAACCAACGUAACUAAUUUCAAAUCGAUCACGAUCAACGAACCACCAAAAACGUCGCGUGCGAUCUUUUAAUCUAAAAGUGGUGUAAAUUGUUUAUUUUAUAUCUUCAAAAAAAUAUUAUUUUCUUACCUCAAGCCUUUUUUUUGUGGGUUUUUUUUUUAUUUCUCCUUGCACGCGAGAAAGAGAAAAAGAGAGGAAGAGAAAGAAGAACACAGUUGGUUCGUGGACCGGAUUGGUGAACUCAUUCUAUCUCUUUUUCUCUCGUACCAACAUCACAGAUAGGAUUCACGGAUGAACCAAAGGCCGUUUUCUUUAUCUUUAUAUUCUUCGUCUUAUUCGUCAUCACCGCCGUAGCAUCCUAACGGUAUACGGGGGUGAAGAAGUGAAAUCUAUUGGAAAAUAAUAUUUAAUAUUAUUGGAUAAUUAUAUAUACAUAUAUAUAUAUAUUCUAAAAAAGGAAGAUAAAGAAGACAUCAGGAUGCCCUGUUCUGCAGUAACGCUGUCCCUCGCAACCAUAACCGGUAUCAUUGCCACUGCUCUCCUAGCUAUUGCCUUCUCCACGGAUAAUUGGCUUUACACCGAGGUCAAGCGUGCCCAAAUUCAGCAAUAUGCAGGCAAGCACGCUGAACAAAGUCAUUUGAUAGAUCAAAUGAAUGCAAAGUAUUAUUAUUAUACAAGAACUCAGGGUCUCUUCAGGAUAUGUUAUCCCAAAGAAAGGCCACCUACGGUGGAGACGUAUUUGAGUCCGGUGGAAACGCAUUGCAUGAACAUUGAUUACUUCAUCCCCGAUGAAGAAAACCAAACGAGGGACUUCUCCGACGAUGCAAUGGCUCGAUUACACAUGGGAAGAUCCGUGAUAGCACUGUUCAUGGUAGGUUUCCUAGCAAUAUUUUCUGCCUUUUGGACGGGAGUCGUUGGUUGUUGGAGAAGAUCACCAGGAAACAUCACAGCUACCGCCAUUUUGAUGCUAUUCGCUUGUCUACUAAGCGCCGGAGGCAUGGGACUUUGGCAUGGUGUAGAAUAUUAUGAGAAAGAAAAGAUCGUCGGUGAAGAAUAUUACCAACAAUGGAGCAAUGUCCUGAAGGACAACUCACUAAUCUCGUACGACUGGUCGUACGUGGUCGCUUGGGUCGGCGUCGGUUGGUCAUUAAUCAGCGCAAUCUUGUUUAGCGCUGCGGCAAUUUGCUUGAGGGGCGAGAGAAUGCGCGAGGAGGCGAUGAACAUGCAGUAUCUCAUGCCUGUGUAUCCACAAAAACAACAGUACGCGUAUGCAGGUUAUCCAGCACCAGCGGCGUAUCCAGGACCGUAUUAUCAUGGGUCUCAAUAUGGGCCGUACAAUUAUUGAAAACAAAACACGAUAAGACGAAUAUAAUUAUAGUCGGACGAAUAUUUUGAAUUAUGUUGAUUUUUACGUAUGCCCAACAACCCAAAAGACAUACAUUCGUCAUAUUUAAUCGAUCAAAUCAAUCAAAUCAAAUCUAUUUCUUCUUUCUCUCAUGCUCACCAAAAUGGCGGGUAAGAAAUAGAAGAAUCAAAGGAGAAACUCAAAUGAUUUCAAACAAAUAGGAAGGAAGACAAAUUAAUAAAAAAAAAAAAAAAUACAAAUCUA